GAUAACGAAAAUAACCGAGAAUAGUCGCAGAUAAUCGACAUCAAGACCCACACGUUUUUAACAAAUUUACAUUUUUUCAGUGCGUCAAUGCGCGUUCGUCCAUGUUCUCGAUAUUACUCAUUUGUUCGUUGAUUAAUAUUUUAUUUGCAUUAUAUAUUGUACUUAAAUAACAAUUAAAUAAUAACGCGUAUAAAUACAAUUAAUAACAUAGACACACAUGUGUGUAUUUAUAAUAAACAAUAUUUAUGUCAAUAAUUUUUAAUUAAUAUCAUCAUUGAAUAUAUAUAAAAAUCGAUUGAACAUUUUCAAGUGAAAAAAAAUUUAGUAACACUUUGGAGGAAAAAAAAAAAAAAAAAAAAAGACAUUCAAGGGUAGAAAGAGAGAAGCCUGCGUGAAGUGCUUUCAUUUAAACAAAGACAACGGUGUCAAUUAAUUAUUGUCGUUCUUAAAUUAAUAUUAAAAAAAAAAAAGCAAAUAAUUAAUUUUAAAUAUUCAAUAAUAAUUAUCUCAGGAAUAUAAUCGUUUUUAUUUGAAGACUGUGUGCUGAAAAGUGCUCAACACUUUUAUAAGGCUACGAAUAUGAGCUCUGGUGAUCCUUGGUCGCUCCCGGUAAAGCAGGGUCUUUAUGACCCAACUCUUGAGAAGGAUGCAUGUGGUGUUGGAUUUAUUGUUGCAAUUGAUGGCAAAAGAUCACACAAGAUUGUCAGAGAUGCUGAAAAAUUAUCAGCUCGUAUGAAUCACAGAGGUGCUUGUGCAUGUGACAAUGAUACUGGUGAUGGUGCUGGAGUACUUUGCGCAAUACCACAUGAUUAUUAUGCUGCUGAAAUACGUGAAAAAGCAGGCAUUGAACUGCCAGAAUAUGGAAAAUAUGCAACUGGAAUUUUAUUUUUGGAUAAAAAAACUCAUGCUGAAACAGAAGCAGCAUUUGAAAAAAUUGCUAUUGAGUGUAAUUUGAGAGUAAUUUAUUGGCGUGAUGUGCCAACAGACAAUUCUCAAAUUGGCCAAGUAGCAAAAAAAUGUGAACCAUAUAUGCGUCAAGUAUUUGUAACUGGUGAUCAAGAAACAACUGAUUUAUUAAAACGUCAAGUAUUUGUUUUACGUAAACGUUCAUCUCAUUUAAUUCCAAAACCUGGUUUACGUUUUUAUUUAUGCUCAUUAUCACAUAAAAUUGUUGUUUAUAAAGGACAAUUUACACCUGAUCAAUUGUGGUUAUAUUUUAUUGAUUUAAAAUGUCCAAAAUUUGAAACAUUUUUAGCACUUGUUCAUACACGUUUUUCAACAAAUACAUUUCCAAGUUGGGAAAGAGCACAACCAUUACGUAUGCUUGCUCAUAAUGGUGAAAUUAAUACAUUAAGAGGUAAUGUUAAUGCAAUGAAAGCACGUGAGGGUGUUAUGAAAAGUGAUAUUUAUGGUGAUAAACUUAAAGAAUUAUAUCCAGUUGUUGAGCCAAAUUUAUCUGAUUCUGGUUCAGCUGAUUGUGUACUUGAAUUUCUUGUUAACGCUGGACAACGUACAUUGCCAGAGGCUGUUAUGACAAUGGUACCAGAAGCAUGGCAAAAUGAUUUAACAAUGGCAACAGAAAAACGUGAAUUUUAUCAUUGGGCUGCAUGUUCAAUGGAACCUUGGGAUGGUCCAGCUUUAUUAACAUUCACCGAUGGACGUUAUGUUGGAGCAAUACUCGACAGAAAUGGCCUCCGCCCAUCGCGUUUCUACGUCACUAAGGAUAAUAUGAUGGUGAUGGCGUCUGAAGUGGGCGUCUUUGACACUCCGCCCAGCAAUGUUGUCCUGAAGAGUCGUUUGAAGCCUGGUAGAAUGCUGCUUGUUGAUACUGAAGAGAAACAAAUAAUCCAAGAUGUUGAGCUCAAAUUACAAAUUGCUAGAAGUCGUCCACAUUCAAAAUGGCUCAAGGAGCAGAUGAUUACAAUGGAGGAUUUACGUGCUGCUCAUGAAGCUAAUAUCGAGUCAAAUGGCAACGUUCAAAAUGGCCACAGUAAUGGUAUCGUGGUUAAAAAUGGAGCCAGUCCAAUAAUAAGUCCAAUGGAUGCAAUGGAUCGUACUUGGGGUGGUGAUAAACGUCUUGCAUUGUAUGGUUAUACAAUUGAAACUAUCAAUAUGUUACUUUUACCAAUGAUUCAAACCAAAAAAGAAGCACUUGGAUCAAUGGGAAAUGAUGGUCCAUUGGCAUGUCUAUCACAAUUUCAACCAUUAAUAUAUGAGUAUUUUAAACAAUUAUUUGCUCAAGUUACAAAUCCACCAAUUGAUCCAUUUAGAGAAAAAAUUAUUAUGUCAUUAUUAUGUCCAAUUGGACCAGAGAGUAAUAUACUUGAACCAAAUGAACGACAAGUUCAUAGAUUAUUUUUAACAAAUCCAAUAUUAUCAUUAAAUGAUCUUGAUGUUAUGAAAAAUACAAAUUAUCGUGGAUGGAAAACAAAAGUUAUUGAUAUAACAUAUCAAAGAAGAGAAGGACAAAAUGCACUUGUUCCAACACUUGAUCGUAUUAAUAAUGAAGCUAAUGAAGCAGCUAAAGCUGGUUAUCAAUUAAUUGUAUUAUCUGAUCGUCUUGGUGGACCAGAUAGAGUACCAAUAAGUUCAAUAUUAGCACUUGGUUCAACACAUCAUUAUCUUAUUGAAGAACGUCAACGUAUGAAAGUUGGUCUUAUUGUUGAAACAGCUGAAGCACGUGAAGUACAUCAUAUAUGUGUUUUACUUGGUUAUGGUGCUGAUGCUAUUUGUCCAUAUCUUGUAUUUGAACUUGCUAAACGUUUACGUGAUGAAGGAGUUUUAGGUGAAGAAUUUACUGAUGAAAUAAUGUUUAAAAAUUAUGCUGAAGCUAUGGAACGUGGUAUAUUAAAAGUUAUGGCUAAAAUGGGAAUAUCAACAUUACAAUCAUACAAAAGUGCACAAAUAUUUGAAGCUGUUGGUCUUGCUGAUGAAGUUAUUGAAAAAUGUUUCAAGGGAACACCGUCGAGAAUUGGUGGUGUUAAUUUUGAUAUAUUAACAAAAGAAGCAUACUGUCGUCAUGCAUUAACAUAUUAUGAUCAAUCAGUUGAUACACUUGUACUUCGUAAUCCAGGAAUAUUUCAUUGGCGUGCUGGUGGUGAAAAACAUAUAAAUGAUCCAGUAAGUAUUGCAAAUCUUCAAGAAUCAGUAUCAUCAAAAAAUCAAAAUGCAUAUGAAAAUUAUCGUAAAUCAACAAUGGAAGCAAUUAAAAAUUGUACAUUACGUGGACAAUUAGAAUUAUGUAAAGAUAAAAAACCAGUACCAAUUGAAGAAGUUGAAGCAUCAUCUGAUAUUGUUAAACGUUUUGUAACUGGUGCAAUGAGUUUUGGUAGUAUAUCAUUAGAGGCACAUAGUACACUUGCAAUUGCAAUGAAUAAAAUUGGUGGUAAAUCAAAUACUGGUGAAGGUGGUGAAAAUGCUGAUAGAUAUUUAAAUCAAGAUCCAGAUUUUAAUAAACGUUCAUCAAUAAAACAAAUUGCUAGUGGUAGAUUUGGUGUAACAUCAUCAUAUCUUGCAAAUGCUGAUGAUUUACAAAUUAAAAUGGCACAAGGAGCUAAACCAGGUGAAGGUGGUGAAUUACCUGGCUAUAAAGUAACACCAGAUAUUGCAGCAACACGUCAUUCAGUACCAGGUGUUGGUCUUAUUUCACCACCACCACAUCAUGAUAUAUAUUCAAUUGAAGAUUUAGCUGAACUUAUUUAUGAUUUAAAAUGUGCAAAUCCAAAUGCUCGUAUAUCAGUUAAGCUUGUAUCAGAAGUUGGUGUUGGUGUUGUUGCAUCUGGUGUUGCUAAAGGUAAAGCUGAACAUGUUGUUAUAUCUGGUCAUGAUGGUGGUACUGGUGCAAGUAGUUGGACUGGUAUUAAAUCAGCUGGUUUACCAUGGGAACUUGGUGUUGCUGAGACACAUCAAAUUUUAACAUUAAAUAAUUUACGUUCAAGAAUGAUUGUACAAGCUGAUGGACAAUUACGUACUGGUUUUGAUGUUAUUGUUGCAGCUUUACUUGGUGCUGAUGAAUUUGGUUUUAGUACAGCACCACUUAUUGCUAUGGGUUGUACAAUGAUGCGUAAAUGUCAUUUAAAUACAUGUCCAGUUGGUAUUGCAACACAAGAUCCAAUAUUAAGAAAAAAAUUUGAAGGUAAACCAGAACAUGUUAUUAAUUUUUUCUUUAUGCUUGCUGAAGAAAUACGUGGUCAUAUGGCAAAUUUAGGUAUACGUAAAUUUCAAGAUUUAAUUGGACGUACUGAUUUAUUAAAAGUACGUGAUGAUAUUAAUAUUGAAAAAGCAAAAUUACUUGAUCUUGCAAAUGUACUUAGAAGUGCACUUGAAUUACGUCCAGGUGUUAAUAUUAAAGGUGGUUCAGUUAAACAAGAUUUUCAAUUAGAAAAUCGUCCAGAUAAUGUACUUAUUGAAGAAGCUAAAUUAAUUAUAAAUGGUAAACAAAAAAUUGUUAAUAUUGAAAUGACAAUUAAUAAUGAAACACGUGCAUUUGGUUCAACAUUAAGUUAUUAUAUAUCAAAAGAAUGUGGUGAAAUUGGUUUACCAGAUAAAAGUAUAAAUAUUAAAUUAAAAGGUUCUGCUGGACAGAGUUUUUGUGCAUUUUUAACAAAUGGUAUACAUGUUACACUUGAAGGUGAUGCUAAUGAUUAUGUUGGUAAAGGUCUUUGUGGUGGUGAAAUUGUUAUUUAUCCACCAAAAGAAUCUGAAUUUAAUUCUGAAGCAAAUGUUAUUGUUGGUAAUGUUUGUUUAUAUGGUGCAACAUCUGGUAAAGCAUAUUUUCGUGGUAUUGCUGCUGAAAGAUUUAGUGUACGUAAUAGUGGUGCAAUUGUUGUUGUUGAAGGUGUUGGUGAUCAUGGUUGUGAAUAUAUGACUGGUGGUUGUGCUGUUAUACUUGGUUUAACUGGACGUAAUUUUGCUGCUGGUAUGUCUGGUGGUAUUGCAUAUGUACUUGAUGUUGAUGGUUCAUUUAAAAGUAAAUGUAAUCCUGAAACAGUUGAACUAUUGUCACUUGAUAAACCACAAGAUAUUGAUUAUGUUAAAUCAUUAUUAGAAGAAUUUGUUGAAAAAACUGAUUCACUUAUUGCUAAAGAAUUAUUAGAAACAUGGCCUGAACCAACAACACGUUUUGUUAAAGUAUUCCCAUAUGAAUAUCAACGUGCACUUGAAUUGGCUGAAGAAAAUUUAAAAAAUAAUAAUAAUAUUACAAAUGGCAAUGGUAAUGGUAAUGGUAAUGGUAUUAUUAAUGGUGAUAAUGAAUCACCAAUUAAAGAUAUUGAAGAAUCAAUUGAAGAUGCUGAACUUGCACAACGUAAAUUAGAUAAAAUAAAAGGUUUUAUGAAAUACAAAAGACAUACAGCAAAUUAUAGACCAGUUGAACAACGUCUUGAUGAUUGGAAUGAAAUAUAUAAUUUCCAAGGUGUACGUAAAGGUCUUAAAGUACAAGCAGCAAGAUGUAUGGAAUGUGGUGUACCAUUUUGUCAAAGUAGUCAUGGUUGUCCACUUGGUAAUAUUAUACCAAAAUGGAAUGAUCUUAUAUUUCAUUCAAAUUGGCAAGAAGCACUUAAUCAAUUAUUACAAACAAAUAAUUUUCCAGAAUUUACUGGACGUGUUUGUCCAGCACCAUGUGAAGGUGCAUGUGUAUUAGGUAUAUCAGAACCACCAGUAACAAUUAAAAAUAUUGAAUGUGCUAUUAUUGAUCAUGCAUAUGAACAAGGUUGGAUAAUACCACGUCCACCAUUAUCAAGAACUGGUAAAUGUAUUGCUAUUAUUGGUUCUGGACCAGCUGGUCUUGCUGCAGCACAUCAAUUAAAUAAAGCUGGACAUGUUGUUCAUGUUUAUGAAAGAAAUGAUAGAAUUGGUGGUUUAUUACAAUAUGGCAUUCCAACAAUGAAAUUAUCAAAACAAGUUGUACAAAGACGUGUAUCAUUAAUGGCUGCUGAAGGUAUUAUAUUUAAAACUGGUAUUGAUAUUGGUAAAACAAUUAAAAUUGAACAAUUAAAAAAUGAAUUUGAUGCUGUAUUAUUAUGUACUGGUGCAACAUGGCCACGUGAUUUACCAAUACCAGGUAGAAAUUUAGAUGGUAUACAUUUUGCUGUUAGUUUUCUUGAACAUUGGCAAAAAAAACAAAUGGGUAAUGAUGCACCACUUGAUAUGAAAUUAAUGGCUAAAGAUAAAAAUGUUAUUAUUAUUGGUGGUGGUGAUACUGGUUGUGAUUGUAUUGCAACAUCAUUAAGACAAGGUGCUAAAAAUAUAACAACAUUUGAAAUAUUACCAGAACCACCAAUUAAAAGAUCUAAUGAAAAUCCAUGGCCACAAUUUCCACGAGUAUUUAAAGUUGAUUAUGGACAUGAAGAAGUUAAAUUAAGAUUUGGUGAAGAUCCAAGACAAUUUAGUACAUUGAGUAAAGAAUUUUUAAAUGAUGGUAAUGGACAUGUUAGUGGUAUUAAAACAGUUACUGUUGAAUGGACCAAAGAUGAAGCUGGACGAUGGAAAAUGACUGAAAUUGAAGGAUCCGAAAAAAUAUACAAGUGUGAUCUAGUCUUACUUGCUAUGGGAUUUUUGGGACCUGAAAAAUAUAUUGCUGAUGAACUUAAGACUAAAAUGGAUGGUCGUGGUAAUUACGAAACAUCUGUUGGCAAAUACUCGACGAGUGUUGAUGGAAUAUAUGCUGCUGGAGAUUGCAGAAGAGGACAAUCACUUGUUGUUUGGGCGAUAUCUGAAGGACGUCAAGCAGCAUGUGAAAUUGACCAAGCACUUAUGGGUCGAACUACAUUACCUGGACCUGGUGGAAUUAUUGCUAACGUUCUCACAUAAAUUGUCUUCUUAAAUAAAGAAUACAAGUCAAUGAUCUGCAAAAUCAGCAAUAUCCCAAGGAAACGACAGUCAGCAUAUGAAACAUUUAUAUUUGCGUAUUAUUAAGCCCAGAUACUUCAAAUAAAUUAAUAAGAGAAAAAUAAAAAAAAGUGAUCUUCCUCUCAACACCUUAUUUUGUCAAUCAAAUGCUGAUCCAUCCAUUUAAAAAAAUAUUAUUUUACCGAUAGUAAUUUUAAUGUUAGCUAAUGAACAAAAACAAACAAAACAAAAUUAUCAUGUAUACACUAUAUUGAGUACGUUUUUAAUUUUAAGUUUUUUUUUUUUUUUGUUUAUAAAGUUUUCGUAACAUAUCCUUUUACAGGAAAAUAAAAAAUGCCUGAUUGAACAGCACUGAGGGCCUCUACGGCAACGAAUAUAUAAUUAAAAAUAUAUAGUGUAUAUAUACAUAAUAUAUACAAUAAUAUUAUACGUAAAAAGAAAAUAAAAUCGUUAAAUUAGUGUCAGAUUGAAAUGUUAAAUAUACAAAAACAAAAAUUAUAAAAAUAAUUAAUAAUCUGUCGUAAGUAUAAGGUCCCAAAAGACUUGUGAGAAAAAUAUUUAGUUGAUAGAUUUUUAUCAAUAUCUUUUUUUUUUUUCUUCAAUUUUAUUUUUUAAGUUAUAUGUACACAAAAGCCAUGAUUAUUACUAUUAUUAUAAUUAAAAAGUUUAAAUAUAGAAAAAUAAAAAACAAUUGUAUUAUUUUAUACAAUUAUUUUUUAUUUUUAUUUAAAAAAAAAAAGAUAAAAAAUAGGAAUACAAAAACUAAUUUUGCAUGUUACUUAAUUAUCAUCGUUUAAUAAGUACAUUAUUUUUGAUUAAAUUAUGUAGAUAAUAAGCCAAAU